AGGACACACAGAGCAGCUGGCACACGCAGAGUCCUCCCACCUUGACCCAAGCAUGCAGUCCCCCGCCUGCAGCCUCCCUGCUGGGCUCAGCCUAGAUGACUUCAUCCCUGGCCACCUCCGAGCCCAUGUCGGGUCAUCCUCCCAUGGGACACGGGUGCCCGUGAUCCGGAAUGGUGGCUCCAACACCCUUAAUUUCCAGUUCCACGACCCCGCACCCCGGACCGUGUGCAACGGGUGUUUCCCACAGAGGAGAGAUGCUUCCCGGCACCCAGACACAGCCUGGUAUCAGACCUGGCCGGGCCCUGGGAGCCGGCCCUCAGGUAGCCUGAAGACCCCUGCCCCCCAGCAUACCCAGAACUGGUCAGCCACGUGUACCAAGGACAGCAAGCGUCGGGACAAGCGCUGGGUCAAGUACGAGGGAAUCGGGCCUGUGGAUGAGAGCGGCAUGCCCAUUGCCCCCCGAUCCAGUGUUGACAGCCCCAAGGACUGGUACCGGAAAAUGUUCCAGCAGAUUCACCGGAAAAUGCCAGGUGGGACACCCUCCCAGGGCCUUCUCCCUGCCAGACUGGGUUUGGGGAGGGAGGGGCAGAAAGGGGAACUCACCUGCUUAGGGAGCUCCUUCGCCGCCCACCCCAGGCUCUGUGGUGAGCAGUCCCUAAAACUGGCCAAAGAAAGGUACUCGGGACCCAGCAGUGGCCUCCAAAGCAUCCUCCAGGACAAUGACCACACACUGUCCCCUGGUAUCCUCCGAGGAAGAAGUUGGGGCCUCUCUGAAGAGUUUUCUGGAAGCACCUUCAACUAUAAUCCUGGAACAUCCUCGUCUCUACUCCGGACCCAAAAUCAGGUGCCCAGACGCCAAGAAAGAGUAGACAGUGUCUGGAAAGAAGACUCCUGGAACCAAUUUCUGCAAGAACUAGAGACUGGGCAGAGACCAAAGAAACCGCUAGUGGAUGAGCCUGUUGAUAAGCCCUCUCAGCCCAUUGAAGUCCUGCUUGAGAGAGAGUUAGCCAAGCUGAGCGCGGAGCUGGACAAGGACCUGCGGGCAAUUGAGACCCGGCUGCCAUCCCCCAAGAGCUCCCAGGCGCCCCGACUGUCCCCAGAGCAGCGACCCCCGGCCCGCCCGGCCUCAGCCUGGAGCUCCAGCUCCCCGCAUGCACUUUACCUGGGUCCCUCCCGAUCCCUGAGCCCCCACAGAAUGGCGGAUGGAGGAAGCCCCUUCCUGGGUCGUAGGGAUUUUGUCUACCCUUCCCCAACCCGAGACCGGAGUGCCUCUGAGCCAGGGGGCAGCCCAGCCAGAAAGGAAGAGAAGAAGAUGAAGGCUGCCAGGCUCAAGUUUGACUUCCAGGCACAGUCCCCAAAGGAGCUGACUCUGCAGAAGGGUGACAUUGUCUACAUCCAUAAGGAGGUGGACAAGAACUGGCUGGAAGGGGAGCACCAUGGCCGGCUGGGCAUCUUCCCUGCUAAUUACGUGGAGGUGUUGCCUGCAGAUGAGAUCCCCAAGCCCAUCAAGCCGCCGACCUACCAGGUGCUGGAAUAUGGAGAAGCCCUGGCCCAGUACAACUUCAAGGGGGAUCUGGACGUGGAGUUGUCCUUCCGCAAGGGGGAGCGUAUCUGCCUGAUCCGAAAGGUGAACGAGAACUGGUACGAGGGCCGCAUCUCGGGCACCGGGCGCCAGGGCAUCUUCCCCGCCACCUACGUCCAUGUGUGCCGUGAGCCCAGGGUCCGGAUCUGUGACGACGGCCCCCAGCUCCCUGGAUCCCCUCGCCUGACUGCCGCUGCCCGCCUGGCCAGUAACCCCAGCUUCUCCUCUGCCCCACGCAGACCAGCUGACCCCACUGACUGGGGAGGCCAGACCUCCCCCCACCGCACCGGCUUCUCUUUCCCCACCCAGGAGCCAAGACCCCAGACCCAGAGUCUCCGCAUCUCUGGGUCAGCUCUGUCCCACCCUCAAGGCACCAGCCAUCCCCUGGCCCCGGGGGCCUCCUCUUCCAGCACCACUCAGAUACACUGGACCCCGUACCGGGCGAUGUACCAGUACCAGCCCCAGAACGAGGACGAGAUGGAGCUGUGGAAGGGGGAUUGGGUGGACGUCAUGCAGCAGUGUGAUGAUGGCUGGUUCGUGGGUGUCUCCCGGAGGACCCAGAAAUUUGGAACAUUCCCUGGAAAUUACGUAGCUCCGGUGUGAGCGGUCUCCGUGGCAAC